AUGGGUUCUCUCGGCCCGUAUCAGCGCAAGCACAAGAUCGGGGUGGUCGGCUCCGGUAACUGGGGUACCGCCAUCGCCAAGAUCAUCGCCGAAAAUGCCGCCAGCAACUCGGACAUCUUUGAGGAGAAGGUGGAAAUGUGGGUGUUUGAAGAGAACGUCGAGAUCACCAAGGACUCCCCGCACUACAGCUCCAGUCUGCAGGGCACACAAAAGUUGACAGAGGUGAUUAACCACACAAAUGAGAACGUGAAAUAUCUUCCAGGAAUUCGCCUGCCCGCCAACCUGCACGCAAACCCGUCCCUGGAGGACGCUGUCAAGGAUUGCACUUUGCUCGUCUUCAACCUCCCUCACCAGUUCAUCCUCAAGUCAUGUGAAUCGAUCAAGGGAAAGAUCCUGCCCUACGCCCGCGGUAUCUCCUGCAUCAAGGGCGUCGAUGUCAAUGAGGAGGGAAUCAGCCUCUUCUCAGAGACUAUUGGCAGAAUUCUGGGCAUCUACUGUGGUGCCCUGUCCGGGGCCAACAUCGCCAACGAGGUUGCUAAGGAAAAGUGGUCCGAGACCACCGUCGCCUACGAUCCCCCACACAUGGACUCCAAGGCGCCCACCCCCCAGCGCUCGCCCUCCUCCUCCCAGGUGGAGCUGGUGCAGUUCCAGCACAAGGACACAUCCGGUCAGAUGUCGAAGACGAAGCUGCAGGCACUUCCCUCCGACUACCCGCCCAUCGACCAUGUCACUCUCAAGGCUCUGUUCCACCGCCCCUACUUCCACGUCCGCGUGAUACACGACGUCGCUGGUACCUCCAUCAGCGGUGCGUUGAAGAACGUGGUCGCCCUCGCUGCUGGCUGGGUGGAGGGUAUGGGCUGGGGUGACAAUGCCAAGGCUGCUGUCAUGCGCGUCGGCUUGCUGGAGAUGGUUCGCUUCGGCGAUACUUUCUUUGGUGCCACUAUCAAUCAGGCUACCUUCACCGAGGAGAGUGCCGGUGUGGCCGAUCUGAUUACCAGCUGCAGCGGUGGCCGUAACUUCCGCAGUGCCAAGCACAGCGUUGAGCGCAACUUGCCCAUCGAGGAGAUCGAGAAGCUCGAGCUCAACGGCCAGUCGCUCCAGGGCACCCUGACCGCCCACGACGUCAACAAGUUCCUGAAAAAGCAGGGUAUGGAGGAGCAGUUCCCUCUGUUCACCGCCGUUUACCGGAUUCUGGAGGGCAGAAUGCAAGUGUCAGAGAUUCCUGGCUACAUUGAGCGGUAA